ACUCGCGCUCGCGCGCCAGAAACCAACGGCUACGCGGCGCCAUGCUUGUCUCCUUCUCCUCCACGAACCAUCUCCACCUCCACUUCUCCCACUCUCUCUCACUACCAAAUCUCCCGAGGAGACCCAAAUCCAUCGAAUCCACUCAUGGGUUCUUCCAAAGCCGUCUCCUUUCGCCUCCCUCAUGCGCCAAUGGUACAAUCCGUUGUUCAAAAUUCCCCCCCUUUGAUCACAACGACGCACUCCGGAGCUUCGCCAUUACCCUUCAAGAGUGCGCCUUGAAGGGGUCCCUCAUCAAUGGCAAAGCCACCCAUGGACGCUUAAUACGAAGCGGAAUCGAGCCCGAUACGUUUCUCUAUGAUCGCUUGGUCAAUAUGUAUGCGAAGUGUGGUAGUGUUGGUUGCGCCCACCAGGUGUUCGAUCUAAUGCCGAGCCGAGAUGUUGUGGGUUGGACGGCUGUGGUUGCCGGACAUGUGGCGGAGAACGAUUCGGAGGGGGGUGUGAGGUUGUUCGUUGAGAUGCAGCGAGAAGGGAUUCUGCCAAAUGGGUUCGCUCUCGCCGCCACUCUCAAAGCUUGUUCCGUCUGUUUGAGAUUGGGAUUCGCACAGCAGCUUCAUGGGGAAGCUAUAAAGAUGCAGCUUUUAUCGGAUUCGUAUGUUGGUUCGUCUCUGGUUGAAGUUUAUGUGAAGUGUGGGGAGAUGGAGUUUGCUGAGAAAGUAUUCUUUGGAUUACCGGAACAUAAUUCUGUCUCUUUGAAUGCGAUGUUAAAUGGGUAUUCUCAAAUGGGUUAUGAGAUUAAGGCUAUAAAGCUUUUCCACAAGUUGUUGGAGCCAGAAACAAGGCCUAGUGAGUACAUAUUUCCUAGUGUUAUUAAGUGUUGUGCGAGUCUAGGUGUUGGGCGACAAGGUAAGGCUAUUCAUGGUUUGUUGGUUAAGUAUGCAAUUGAGCUUGAUGGUGUUUUGGGUAGUAGCCUAAUUGAUAUGUAUUCAAAGUGCGAUUCAGUGGAGGACGCGCAUAAAGUGUUUGAAAGGAUACCUGAACCAGAUGUGGUGGUUUACACUGCAAUGAUCUCAUGCUUUGGUCGAAACGGCAUGCCUCUGGAAGCAUUUCAGCUUUUCUCAAAUAUGAGGAGAGUGGGGAUAAUUCAGAAUCAGUAUACGCUCGUAAUUGCUGCUUGUACUGCUUCGAAGUUUGGUGAUCGGAGACUUUGUGGGAGUAUUCAUUCUUACAUUGUGAAAAGUGGUGGUCUGCUGGAAAAAGAGUUGGGUAACGCUAUUCUGAAUAUGUACAUGAAAGUCGACGCUGUUGAAGAAGGUUGUAAGGUUUUCAACUGCAUGUUGGACCGUGAUAUUGUUUCCUGGAACAUGCUUCUGUCCGGAUUUCACAGCGGAGCCUCUUGUGAUCAAGCGCUUAGAUUUUUCAAUCAAAUGAUCACGGAAAUGUACAUACCUAACAAAUAUACAUAUAUUAGCAUUUUAAGAUCUUGCACUAACUUUAAAGCUUCAAGCUAUGGCACCCAAGUUCAUGCUCAUAUCAUAAAGCGAGGAAUAGAAGGAGAUUCCCAUGUUGGAAGAGCUCUUCUUGAUUUCUAUGCGAAUUGCGGGCAUUUUCCUAGAGCAUGCUUAGUAUUCAAUAGAAUGCAAGAAAAAGAUGUCUUUGAUUGGACUCUGGUUAUAACAGGCUAUGCAAAGAGCGAUCAAGGCGAAAAGGCUAUAGAAUAUUACCGCGACAUGCAGCGAGAAGGUGUGAGCCCUAAUGGGUCGACAUUGUCGAGCUGUUUGAGUGCUAGCGCCGACCUGGCGGCUUUAAGUUGCGGCCUCCAAUUCCACUCGUGGGUCAUAAAGUCAGGAAUCGGUGACGAAUUUGUUUCGAGUUCUCUCAUAGAUAUGUAUGUAAAGUGUGGGAGCUUGAUGGAUGCUGAGGCGGUAUUUUACAGCUCGAGUAUAAGAGACGAAAUCUUGUGGAAUACGAUGAUUUGUGGAUACUCUCAUCAUGGAUGUGCGGUUCAGGCAAUUGAGGCCUUUAAAAGCAUGAUGGACGAAGGCAACAAACCUGAUGAGACUACAUUCAUAGGUGUUUUAUCAGCUUGUAGCCAUGCAGGAUUAGUUAACGAAGGAUUAUCGUAUUUUAAUGCAUUGAGUCAUGUAUACGGAAUGAACCCUACGAUCGAACACUGUGCUUGUAUGAUUGACAUACUCGGAAAAGCUGGUAAGCUAGAAGAGGCUGAAACUUUUAUAUGGAAAAUGGCGCUGACUCACAAUCCUUCAGUGUGGCAAGCAAUUCUCGGAGCUUGUAGGAUGCAUGGAAAUGUUGAAAUUGCGGAGAGAGCAGCGGAGAAGCUGUUUGAAUUAGAACCAAAUCGGGAUUCGACUUAUGUGUUGUUGGGUAAUAUUUACGCAGAUUUGAGAAGGUGGAAUGAUGCUUCGAGGGUUAGAAAGUUGCUAUCGAGUCGAGGGAUUAAGAAAGAACCAGGGUGUAGCUGGAUCGAGGUCGACGGUCGGUUUCAUGUUUUCCUAGCACAAGAUGGGUACAUAUGAGUACGAAAUCUAUCUAAACAAAGAUUGGACAGCCAAAAUAACCUCAAAGAAACAGAUGAGUGAUAUCAUCGAACGGAACUAACCAACAAAGCCUCUUAAUUAUGUGAAACGAUUAACAGAUUCGGAAGAUGAACAAGAAACAUAGACCAGCUCCAUGGAAACUCUUUCUGAUUCUCCAUGAAAACUUUUUCUGAUUCUCACGACUUGAUAAUCCACAGGAAAUAUCGAGGAUAAGUACAUAAACUGUGGCGACAGGGUGCAGCUACAGGGGAGAAAAGAAAUAGUGUAAAGAUUAGAGGUUGAAAAAUGGGUACACAAAAAUAGCAAAUAAGUCCCUGAUACAAUCAAAACCCGCAAUUGCUGCAGAUUAUACAAGAAAAGCGGAGAAACACUCAGCUUCAAGAAAGAGUUUGUCGUGGAAUGUUUGAGAGGAUAUGGCUCUCCACUCGGAUUUCACAGCCAUUCAUUUGGAAAAGUACAUCAAACUCACACAAGAAAUCUCCAGGUGCCAGCAAAAAGUAAUGUAGACCACACUCAAAUUUAAGUAUUCAGUGCUUGAAAUAGAACACUACAUUGUUCAAUUAGAAAUUUUAA